AUGGCGAAAAUGGAAGAAAACACCGAGAAAGUAAACUGUGAUGUAACUCAGGGGAAUACAUAUUGUCGAGUAGUUUACGAUUCAGCAAACAUUUAUUCUAGUUUAGAACUGAGCCUCCUAUCAACGGUGUUUGUCAAAUUGUACCACUACUCUAAACAAUUAUGGAAAGAGAAUGAUUUAGCAUGUUUUACUAUUCCUGAUACAAAAUGUUAUUAUGAUAUGUUCUUCAAUUAA